CUGAGCAUUGCGACGACGACGCAAAAAAAAACCGAGAUACUGCGUUUGUGACAUUGUGCGUUUCGGGUUUCUCCUCAACCAGGCACGGAAAUAACCUGUCACUGCUCAUGAAAGUCUUCGUUUGUAUCCAGGCGAGAAAUCAAUUCAGUUCGAGAUGCACUCUCGAGUUGGAAAGAUGUGGUCAUUGCGCCUCUUCUGUUUGUGUCUCGUUUAUUAUGGAGUCCUUGGAAACGUGGUACCCACAAUGAAGAUAGGCAAUCCCGAGCCUGGGCAAGAGAACUUUAAAAUGUGCUUGUCCGAAGCUUGCAUAGGUGCAUCGCACACUUUGUUCCAAAAUAUGAAUCGAUCCAUGAACCCUUGUGAGGACUUCCACAACUUCGUUUGCGGACGCUUCCAAGAGAAUACCAUUAUUCCCGAGGACAAGAGCUCGUGGAGUCAGUUUUCAAUCCUCUCUGAAGAUCUAUCAGAAAAGGGACGUUUGUUAUUGGAGAAAGAGAAAUCCGAGGACGAUUGGGAGAUCUUUCAGGAUAUGCGACGGUACUACCAAUCCUGUUUGAAUGAGGAUGAACUUGACAAGAUUGGAUAUCAAGCAGUCACGACGUACUUGGAAAAACUUGGAGGUUGGCCCAUGUUGGAAGGAAAAGAUUGGAGUGGCGAGGAUUUCAAGUGGUAUGAGAAGGUCUACCAACUUAAUGAGGAUGGAUAUCUGAUGGAAAUGUUUAUGAACAUAUAUGUAGGUUCAGAUUCGAAGAACUCCUCUUGGAGAGCUAUUCAUCUGGAUCAAGCUUAUCUUGGAUUCAGUCGCGAAUAUUUGAUCAAGGGCAUCAAUGACGAGUUUGUUCAAGCUUACCUCAAGUAUAACACAAAGCUCGCCGAGUUGGUAGGAGUUGAUACUAAGAUUGCCGAGGAAGAGCUGAAGGAUGUCAUCCUGUUUGAGAUGGAAUUGGCCCAAAUUUCGGCGUCCCGUGAAGAUCGUCGGGACAGUAACAAGCUUUACAACCCUUACAUCCUAUCUGAAUUCGAAUCCUUACCCGGUCAUCCUCCGUCAUGGGUCGAGUUCUUGGACAGAAUUAUCUACACCCACAACAUUACUGAAAACGAACGAAUCAUCGUGGGCAAUCCUGAAUUCUUCAAGAGCUUCUCUGAUGUAGUUACCAAAGCAUCACCUCGUACUUUGGCCAAUUACAUAUGUUUGCGGUUUGUUAAAUCUGUGAUUGGGUUAACAACUUCCGAGGCCAGAGAUGUCGCACAAGAGUUUGCAGAGGUCGUUAGGGGCACCAAAGAACUUCCUCCAAGGUGGAAGACUUGUGUGACCACCACGGGGUUCAACACUGGCAGCGACAUAUCUUUCCUGUACCCAGCUGGGAGUCUUUACGCCAAGCAUUACUUUCCCAAAGAGGCCAAGGUUGUCAUGCAAGAGAUGAUUGACAACAUUCGGGAGAGCUUCAAGGAGAUCCUGGACGAGUUGGAGUGGAUGGACGAUGAUACACGAGCUCGAGCCCACGCCAAGUUAGCAGGUAUGAGGGAAAUGAUUGGAUACCCCGAUGAAAUCCUUGACGAGGACAAGGUGACGGCUUUCUAUGAGGGCGUGGUCAUCAAAGAGGACCAAUACUAUGACAACUACAUGUCAUUGAGAAAGAAAGCCAGGGAUACCGAGUUCAGCCGUCUCCGCGAAAAGGUCGACAAAUUGGCUUGGCAUGAAAAUGCGAUUGUGGCUAUGGUGAACGCCUUCUACUCUUGGUCCAAAAACUCAAUCACUUUCCCUGCUGGAAUUCUCCGUGGAAACUUCUUCAAUCAUGAAGCACCCGCAUAUAUCAACUAUGGUGCUAUUGGAAUGGUGAUUGGUCACGAGAUCACUCAUGGGUUUGACGACCAAGGCAGGAAAUAUGAUCAAGAGGGCGAUUUAACAAAUUGGUGGGAACCAGAAACGAGCAAGAAAUUUGAAGAUAAGGCCCAAUGCAUCAUUGAGCAGGCCAACAACUACGAGUCUAAGCAAGUUGGCGUCAAGCUGAACGGCAUCAACACUCAAGGCGAAAACAUCGCCGAUAAUGGAGGCUUGGCAGAGAGUUAUCGAGCAUUCGAAAAACAUUUGGAGCAAAAUGGAAUGGCGCCAAUGUUGCCCGGUUUGGGAUACACUCCCAGACAAUUAUUCUGGAUCAGUUUUGGGACUGGAUGGUGCGGGAAAUUUAGAGACGAACAAGUAAAGAACCAGAUUCUUCUUGGAAGCCAUGCUCCAAACGAUUUCAGGAUUAUUGGUGCUCUACAGAACAACAAAGAUUUUGGGAGGGACUUAAAUUGCCCGGUGGGAUCUCCUAUGAACCCUGAAAAGAAAUGCAAA